AAAAAAAAGCAUUGAUGGUCAAGAAAGUCUCUUCUCCGCAAUGAGUCCAUCCAACGGCCCAAAAUGAAAGAUAACAAAUUUAUAAAGAGCAGAGCAGGGUUGCGAUGGCUGCCGGCGUCAGAGUCCAUGGCUUCCACCGCCAUCCUUCUCUCUCUAAUCUCCGCAAUCUUCACUGUCUGUGUCAUUUGGUCCAGACAAACACUCCCCGUCACGGAGAAGAGCAUUCGCGAAGAAGUGGAGCCCCACCAGUACACCGCCGCGGAAAGGCCGCCGGCGGUUGUGGAGUGGGACAAGAAGAGGACGGAGUGGCUGAAUCGCCACCCUUCAUUCGCCGCGCCCGGGGCGAGGAACCGUGUUCUCGUCCUCACCGGAUCGCAGCCCGACCCUUGCAAGGGCCCCGCCGGCGAUCACCUGCUCCUCAGGCUCUUCAAGAACAAGGUGGACUACUGCAGAAUCCACGGGUACGACGUGUUCUACGGCAACGCGUUCAUGAAUCCCAAGAUGGGCUCCGUUUGGGCCAAGGUGCCCUUGCUCCGGGCCGCGAUGCUGGCCCAUCCCGAGACCGAGUGGGUCCUGUGGAUGGACUCCGACGCCGUUUUCACGGACAUGGAUUUCAAGAUUCCGCUGGAUAAGUACAGAGACCACAACCUCGUGGUUCACGGCUGGCCCUACAUGAUCAAGCAUCGGAGCUGGCUGGGAGUGAACACCGGGAUUGUGCUAAUGCGGAAUUGCCAGUGGUCCAUGGACUUUGUGGAUCUGUGGGCCCGUAUGGGCCCACAAUCUCCGGACCACGAGAGGCUGGUCCGGAGGGUUAUGUCUAGGGUGAAGGACGUGGUGAACCCGAGGAGGCUGGACGAGCAGUCGGCGCGGCUGUACCUGCUGCUGACGUUAGAUGCGAAAUGGACGGCCAAGAUCUACGUGGAGAACGAGUACUACCUGCACGGCUACUGGGGAGAGGUGCUGGGGAUGCUCGUCGAGGGAAGCGGCGGCGACGCGGCGGGCAGGACGACGCCGUUCGUGACGCACUUCACCGGAUGUCAGCCGUGCAGCGGGGAGCACAACCCGAAGUACGCAGGGGAUUCUUGCUGGGCUGGGAUGGAGAGAGCGCUGAAUUUCGCGGACAAUCAGGUGCUUCGGAAUUUCGGGUUUAAGCAUAAGGACCUCAAAACUCUGUCUCCUCUCUUGAGCGUUCCCAUUGAUUUUCCUGCGAACAAGACUUCCAUCCUUUAAUUUCUUUGUUUCAACCAAUUUUACCCUCCCCCUCCCUCCCACUUUUCAAAUUGCUGGAUUCAUCUUUCCAAGGACGUCAAAACUUUCUCGUGUUUUCAAAAGUUAUUUGUAAAGUUUCUGUGGUUUCUAAAUAGAUCACACAUGCUCCCCUUACCUAUAUUUAAAGCAAAAAUGAGAUUUAUGCUUUUUGUUUUCCCUGAUCUUGAAUUUUUCCAAUUU